GAUAUCAAAUGUACAUUGACAGAUGUGAAAAAGAAACCAGACCAUCAUUAUGCAACGCAGAAAGUAGAUGAUCAAUGCCAAGGGUCAUUCUGUUCAACCUCUACACAAAACCAUAUAUAUAAUCCCUUUCUUUUGCUUGCUUAAUUAUACAAGCACAUAAUCGAUCAACUUCAAUUAGAUGGAACAACUCACAAACACUAACAAUAAUACUCCACCAAUUGUGAGAAGUGAUCAAAACAAUGAAGAAAGAUCAAUUGGAGCGAUUCUUCCGAAAUACAUGAUCACAUUCUCUCCCGGUGUUGAUCUUUACUUGUACCAAGGUUUCUGGUGCCCUUCAAGUCUCCUCCACAAUGUCAUAAAUUUUCAACAAAACUUCGAAGCUCGAAAAACUGAUAUCAAGGAAAAUGGUAUACUCGAGAUUAAGAAAUUGGCUGAGUUCUUAGGGUGUGAGUUUUCCUUGGAGGAGGAAAAACAAGGGAUUAUAGAUGAGAUUUUGCAGCUAUGUAGCCUUAAUAAUUUGAAGGAAUUGGAGGUUAAUAAGACUGGGAAAUUCAUGUCAAAAUUUGAUAAUAAGGUGUUUUUUAGGAAAGGUGAGGUGGGUGAUUGGGUUAAUCAUUUAAGCCCGAUUAUGGUUGACAGAUUGGAACAAGUGAUGAACGACAAGUUUUCUGAUUCUGGCUUGGAAUUCAAAAUUCGUCCAUAAAGUUAUUCACAAUUACUAUUCAUCUUGUAUCUUUAAUUGCUUACUUAGUUGAAUCACUUCCUUCUGUGAUAUAUAUUGUUCGAUCACAUUUACUAUUCAUGUUAUAUUUUUAAUUGCUUACAAGUUUGUCUUGUACACUAAAUUGUAAUGCAUUCGUUGUAAACAUUUUAAGCUUGUUAUUUUAUGCCUUUACUAGACGUUUUGAUUUUAUUUUCAAAUUUCAUCUUGUCAACAAUCUUUGGUGAGAGAUUGUUGACCCUAAAGUUUUGAUGAUGACAAAGCAAACUCCUGACAAUUGGUUAAGUUAUGUUGCAUAAUAGGUUCCGAGAUCCUUAGAGGGAUAAUGCUAAGUUAAGGAGAUCCUGAGUUGGAUAAACUAAGCAACGUGGAAUAUAAGCAAGUAAUUGAUCCAUGUCAGACACUACAUUGAAGAAAUAAUCAUUAAGCAAGGCGAGAUCCUUAGGCGAGUUCCUAAGGCGAGAUCCUCAUAUAUUAUGUGGAUCCUCGGCGUUCCAGAGAAGGAACAAAUUGGGAAGUCUUCGAGUGAAGCUUCUAAAGGUGCAACAUGAAGACUACAACAUAUGAGUUUAUGUUUUAGGAUUUAUGUAAGUAUUUAAUAAAGUUUAUAAGUAAUUUGGUAUGAAAGGGACAUAGUAUUUUGGUACGUUUUAAAUGAAAUAUGUUAACUGUAAUUAUAAAAGAGUUUUAACUUGGAAAAUCUUUUUAAUAAAUAAAAUGUAUUUAAUUAAUAAAUGAAACAUAGGAUUCUGAUUUAUUCUCCUUGUUUCUCAAGUAAAAGUUUUUCCACGUUCCUUGAAACUCUCCCCACGUAUUUCUGUUCAACGUACAUUUAGUGUUUUGAUUUGGUCUCCCUUGUUUCUCUCCAACUAUGCCCAUGUUACUGAGCAGUAACUGUUAGUGGGUAGUUGAGGAGAACAUGGGUACCAAACCCUAAGUAGAACUCUCCUAUAAAAGGAGAAGAGUUUUAGCUUUUCAAAACACAACUGAUCUUUGCAAAAUAUAUCUUAAGAGCUUAAACGUUUUAAAAGAGAAUCAGUUUUCAAAAGAGUGUCCCUUGAGUUCCUUAUUACUUUGAGCUUUAUUACGUACUAGAGUUUUAUAUCAAAUUGUAUUUUGGGUUUAAGGGUUGAGUGAUCCUUAAUUGACUUAGAGUUAAGUCAAAGAGAAACAGAGCGACUUAGAGUUAAGUCAAAGAGAAAAGGAGCGACUUAGAGUUAAGUCAGAGAGAGAAAGAGGAGCACAGUAAUCAAAGGGG